CACUUAUGCACUUUAAAGGUAAAGUGACUAGUGUCUAAUGAUUCAUUAGGAGGUUUAAAAUGUAAAGUAGUUUAUCUAUAAAUUAUCUUAUCAAUAGCGUCAGUCAUGCGCUGAUAUAAUUCAACAGUUUAUCAAACAAACUGAUUGUUAUCUAUAUUUACUAGAACCUUAAUUUUUUCCAUUUAACAUAGUUGUUUUCAUAGCAGUAUUGACGAACAAAAUGACUAAAAAAGACCAAUAAUCCCUCCAUCUUCUACCAUCUCGUUCUGCCAGUGUUUUAGCUGGAAAUUGAGAAGCAUAUACUAGACCUAACCAAACCUUUCUGUUGUUAUUUGUUUUUGUAUGCUGUGAUCCUAGACAUUUAAACUGUUGAAAAUGUGGUGUUCUCCAGCAGAAAUUGAAAGGAAAAGACUAGAAGCUCUUCAGAAACUUUCAAAGAAAUGCAAUAGUCCAAUAAAAGCUGCGAGUAAUACCGGAAUAGACCAAAACGUUGCUACUCCAGCCAAAUGUAGUUCCCCAUUCAAAAUGCGCCCCAUUCAAAGCACGUCCCCUUUCAAGACGAAGCCCUACGAAAAAACGCCUUCGGCUACAUCGACCACAAGCGUAAAAUUGAAUGGCGAUUUACGCGUUUACUCAAAAACAGUCACCGUCACCUUCAGUUUGUUAUCAUCCCAAAGAUUCGUUGUUAACAUGUCUGCUUACUCAGCCCCAGUCGUUGAAACCAUUAAAACGGUAGCAUCCAAGAGUUUUGAUCCCACCACUAGAGAAUGGAGCUUUAGUGUGAAGGAUUAUAAGGAGGUUUUGACCAAGUUAAACCUGCUAAGUUCAGCAAACGUUCUUGUCGAAGCGAUGCCCAAUUUCGUAUUAACUUGCGUGACAGAGCCGGAUGAUUCUGAGGCUGAUUUGGAUACAUCCCAAAUGGACCCCACUCUGAUACAAACGUUACUUCCUUUCCAAUAUGAAGGCUUAAAAUUUGGCGUUCAAAGGAAGGGAAGGUGUCUGAUUGCUGAUGAUAUGGGCUUAGGGAAAACAUUCCAAGCCCUGGCCAUAAUGAACUAUUACCGGAAAGAUUGGCCUUUGCUGAUCGUCACCACCGCCUCAAUGAAAAACGUCUGGGAGGGAACAAUAAUGAAGUACAUUCCAUCGGUCUCGAUAAUGCAAGUCCAAUAUAUGAUAUCAAGUAGGGACUUUAUUGAAGAUUCCUUGGUUUUAAUCGUAAGUCACGAUCUGAUGUCUCGAUGCUGCGAGAAGCUGAUAGAGCGAAAAUUUGGCUGUAUUAUAAUCGAUGAGUCUCACAACUUGAAAAACUACAAAGCCAAAAUGACACAAGCUGCUAUGAAAAUCUGCAAAGUGGUAAAACGAGUGGUUCUUCUGAGCGGCACUCCUGUCCUUUCCAGACCCAAAGAACUCUACUCACAGCUCAGCCUGAUCGAUGAGAAACUGUUCGGCUCAUUUUUCAAUUACGCCAAAAGAUACUGUGCGUUACAUCAAACGAACUUUGGACUGGACUCUUCGGGAAAAUCAAACUUACAGGAACUGGAAAUAAUACUGAAAAAGAAAUUUAUGAUUCGCCGAAAAAAGGAGGAUGUUUUGGGCAGUCUUCCGAAUAAAUCCGAAGAAGUUAUCAAGUUGAACAUGAACUUGGGCGAUUUGAAUAAAGCGGACAAGACCGUGCUGGAGCAAUUGUCCAAUCAGUAUGUAGAAACGAAAAAGUCCAGCGACAAACAUUCAAUUCUUAUCUCAUUUUUUUGCGAAACUGCUAAAAUCAAGAUUCCAGCUGUGUGUUUACAUAUAGAAAAGGUGCUAAAAGAGAAGAAAAAAAUCCUGGUUUUCGCCCAUCACAAGAUCAUGUUGGAUGCUGUUGAAGAAUUGCUGAAGUUCAACAACUACAAGUACAUAAGAAUCGAUGGAAGUAGCUCAACAACCCAAAGGAAAUAUUUAAUUGAUAAGUUCCAAAUUGAUUCACAGUAUGUGUGCGCUGUGCUGUCUAUUACCAGUACGAAUGCUGGGAUUUCGUUAACGGCAGCUAAUCAAGUCGUAUUUGCAGAAUUACAUUGGAAUCCUAGUAUAUUAAAACAAGCAGAAGCAAGAGUGCACAGAAUAGGCCAGGAAAAUGCCGUUCUGAUUCAGUACUUGUUGGCCAGUGGAACUGCCGAUGACUACAUGUGGCAGCUGUUGCAGAAGAAACAGGAUAUUUUACGAGAAAUGGGUCUGACCAAAGAAGUUUUUUCGGUGGCCCAACAGAAGCAGGAGAAAAACACCGGAAGCUCUCGUGGAAUUUUCGGGACCAUUUCCAAAGAAAAUAACACAGAUAGUGGAGUUGAUAACCAGGCAAUGGAUGAAGAUGUGCUCGAUGAUGACAUGGACGAUAUUUUAAGUAAUAUGGAUAUUUAGUAUUUAAUUGCGGGCUUUUUUAACUGUUUAUUUAUUGUUUGCUAUAUUUAUAUGAUGUCAAAAUUGAACUGUUCUAAAUUAAACUUGUCGUUAUUCAUAGAAAA